AAAUCUAAAAAGUCAAUAGAGAAAUUGAAAUGGAAUUCUAAAAAAACUGUGAGCUAUUCAAGAAUGGCUUUUAUAUUUUAUAAUGUUAUAUAACUAUCUAUUAUAAUACCCUUAAUUUUGCCUCUUAACCAUCAAAUCCUGAACUAUCCAUUAUCUUUAAGAAAAAAUUUGCUAGCCUGUGCUCUAAGAGUACAAUACAUUAACUUUGUAUAUUCUAUUAAUAUUUAAUCUGAGCAAAUAUAAAAUGUAAGAGCAUUGCAAUUGCACAGUUCUACUCACCCCCUCCUCCCAACAUCCUUUAUGCUACAUUUGUUAUUUGUAUCAUACACUCCGUAUUACAAUAUUAAAAUGUUUGUUUUAUAAAUACUCAUAUGUAUUUAUUUUCUACCAUGUAUUUUUUAACUAAGAGAAAAAAUAGUCUUUAACUCAUCCAGAUAAUUUAUCAGAUUCUGUUUUUUUUUAAGCCUGAGUUUACCUUUGGUUUUGUUUUUCUUAAACUUUAGGGACUUCAUUUGGCAUUUCGUGUGGUACAGGUGGCAGUGUAUUCUUUAUUGCUUCUGAAAGUGUCUUUAUUUUACCUUCAUUCUUGAAAUGUGUCUUCACCAGAUAUAGAAUUCUACAUUGGCUAUUUUUUCAGCACUUUAAAGAUAACAUUCCAUUGUUCUGCCUGCCGUUGUUUCUAAUGGAGAAGUCACCAUUGAACAUAUUUAGCUUUAUUUCCUUGGCUACUUUUCUCUGUACUUUUGGUAUUCAGCAGUUCCACUGUGAUGUCACUGCCCUAAGUACAUUCUUCCUUUACAUGUUUUUAUCUGCCAGAUGCUCUCUGUCCUUUUUAUAUAAUCCCACAGGUUAUUGAUCCUUUCCAUAUUGUUAAAUCUUUUUCUCUCCCUGUUCUUGAGAUUGGAUGAUUUCUGUUGGUCCGUCUUCAAGUGUACUGUCUCAUUUGUCAUUUCCAUAUGCUAAGCUCUGACCAGUGAAUCCUUCAUUUCCCUUGUUUUUCAGUUCUGCAAUUUCCAUUUACUUUUACUACACUUUUCUUUGUUGUGAGAUUUCCUCUCUAUUCACUAAUUAUAAUCAAAUUUUUCUUUAUCUUCUUUAAAUCAGACACUGAAUACCCUAUUAAGUGAAAAAGUUAUAGGACUUUGUGUAUUACGCAGUUUAGUUUUUUGUUAAAUAAAGAGAAGGGUGUGAAAGAGUAUAUAUCCAUAUGUUUAUGUGAACAUAGAAGUCUGUUAUUUACCAUUACUAAUGGUUACCUCUGUGGGGAUAGAAUUGGGGAGGGUUGGACAAGGGGCUGCUGAGAAGUUUUCAUCCUACUUUGCAUUAUUUUUAAGUGACAGAGGCAUAGAUAACUUCAAGAAAUUGCAUUAUUUUUAAGUGACAGAGGCAUAGAUAACUUCAAGAAAUUACAUGUUUUAAUUUUUUUAAUUCUUUUGACAAUUUUAUAAAUGUUUAUGCACAGAAGUAUAUAUUAUCUAUUACUAGGUAGGAAAUUUUCUCCUCUUGUUUUUAUAAAAUUCAUUAAUUCUUCUCUGAAUUGAGGGACUAAAGCAUACGUAAUAUAAAUUGUUUCUAUUUUUCACCUUGCUUAUAUCCUUACUGUUCGUCUGUUAGAAGGAAUCCUAAAGGUCUCCACAGUCAUUGUAAUUUAUUUCAAGUUCUUCAUUUAUUUCUAAGUUUUUGUGUUAUAUUUCACUUUAUUGUACUAUUAGGUAUAUAAAGGUUCAUGAUAAUACUCAUUAAUGAAGUUUUUAAUACUGAAAUUCUCAAACUUCCAUGUGAUAUUCUUUCUUUUAACGUCCUCUUUAUUUCUUAUUAGUCUUAGCAUGACACUUUCUUGUGCAUAUUUUUGGUAUUUUAUUGUUCAUCCUCUUAAAAUAAAAACAAUGUCAUUUGGGUGUUUGCUUUUAAGCAGCAGCAUGUAGCUGGUGUUGCAUUUGCUGUCAAACCAAAUGGUGUUAACUUUUAAUAGGGACUUUAGCCUUUCAUGUUUACUUAAUAACUGAUAAACUUCAUGAGACUUGUUCAGGGGUUGACUAUGAGGCAGAUGAGUAGGUGUUACACUACAGCGCUAGGAAAGAAGGGAGGUCAGGGCAAAGGAAGUAAAGCAUCUGUAUUAGUCACUUGUUGGGGUCCAACCAGCAGAUCCUGGCCCAGUGACAGAUGAAUAAAUACACUCAAACACAGAACACAGUGAAAGAGUGGGCUAGGGAUACGUAGCCACAGACAUUGCAGAGAGAGUUAGCAGCCACCAGCUCUGAUCAGCUGGCACUCCAGGCAUUUAUUCAGUAUAUAUUUAAUAACAGACACUCUGAGUCAACACACCUGUGGAUAAUGAUUAAAGGCCAGGUUCUGAGGCCUAAAGCAAACACCAAACCUGGUCGCCCUCCCCCUGAGAGAGCCAUCUGGCCUGCAAAUGAUUAAUGGUUAGUUUUAGGAUCACAUGAGUAAACAACGUAUAUAGAUAAACUCCCUUACAUUCCUUUGUAUGUACUCUAUGUCAUUUGCACAAGGAAAGGGGAUUAUGCUGCCUUCAGCCAUAAUUUCCUUCCUAAGGCUUUUGCAAAAACCUUCCAGCCUUCCAAGAAGGUUUGUGACUAUUAUGGUUUUUUUUUUUUUUUUUUUUUUGAGAUGGAGUUUCGCUCUUGUUACCCAGGCUGGAAUGCAAUGAUGCAAUCUCGGCUCACCGCAACCUCCGCCUCCUGGGUUCAGGCAAUUCUCCUGCCUCAGCCUCCUGAGUAGCUGAGAUUACAGGCACGCACCACUGUGCCCAGCUAAUUUUUUGCAUUUUUAGUAGAGACAGGGUUUCACCAUGUUUACCAGGAUGGUCUCAAUCUCUUGACCUCGUGAUCCACCCGCCUCGGCCUCCCAAAGUGCUGGGAUUACAGGCGUGAGCCACCGUGCCUGGCCCUAUUAUAGUUUUACAAUCUCUCCCACCAUCCUGACUGAACCCCCACAGUCACCUUGGGCCACCAUAAUGAAAUACCAUGGACUAGGUGGCUUAAACAACAGAAAUUCACUUACAUAUAGUUCUGGAGGCCAGAAGUCCAAGAUCAAGUUGUCAGCAGGUUUGGUCACUCUGAGGCCUCACUCCUGAACCUACAGACAGCUGCCUUCUCCCUGUGUCCUCACAUGGCCCCUUUCUCUAGGCUUACACAUUCUUGUUGUCUCUUCCUCUUCUUAAAAGAACACCUGCCCCAUUGGAUUGGAGCACACCCUCAUGACAUCAUUUAACCUUAAUUACUUCUUUAAAGUCCUUGUCUCCAAAUACAGUCACAUUAGGGGUUACAACUUCAACAUAAGAAUUUGAGGGGAACACAACUCAGCCCAGAACAUCAUGCUUGUGAGAGCACCGUGAUGGUUUCAUAGGCUCUCUGUUGAAUAUAUAGUUCCAUAAAAGGUCAGUUGGAUAUAUAAGUUCAUUGGAUCUCAGUUGUAUGAAGAAGUAAAGAUGAGGGACUGGUGUAUGAGCUGAAAGGUCAUGGAUUGAAGCCCCAAAAAAGGUCAGGAACCAACAUGCUAAUGAUGCUUGAACAAAGUGAGCCAGAAGGUAGAAGAAAAGGCUGUGUCAAAGAAGGGAAUGUGCACAAGAGAGAAUGUGAAGCUUGUGCAGUGUCUGUGAACAGCAUUCACAGUGCAGGUGAGGUCAGUGUCACUGAGAGGCUGGAGUCUUAGCCAAGGAGGCGCUUGGCCCUGUGGAGCACCCUGAGAGUGCUGACAGGUAUUGGUGUGGAGAGGAUGUGAAGCUGGUAGGUAAUCAGAUAUUCAGGGCAGUGUGUGAAACCAGGAGGCCUGUGGAUGAUCCUAAAAGGAGUAUGUUAGGUAAUGGUGUAGAAGCCACGUUACAAAACAAGGACAUUCACCCCACUCUGUAAUGCUUGAGAUAUGAGAGAAAGAAGCUAUCUAUCUGCUUGAGGGAAUCUUAGAAAAAUCUUCCUCUCAAAGGACAACAGAGGUAGGUCUAGCCAAGGACAUGGAGGCAAUGUUGGACAGAGAAGGAGAGGAUGUAGGAGCAUUAUCUGACCUGUGAGUUCAUGAAUUGGCAUGUGGAGGCUGGGAAAAUGCUAUAUACCCUGACCUUUGUACAUUACACAAAUAUGUGUUUUUCUCAACCUGAAAAGUACAGAAUUACCAAAACAUUUAUAUUAAUAAGCAGCUUGCCUGUCAUUGUCUUAAAGUGAAACCUAUCUUUUUUGUCUCUUAUUUUUUAUUUAUUUGUAACUUUUAUAUACUUAUUUAUUUUGAGACAGAGUUUUGCUCUUAUUGCCCAGGCUAGAGUGCCUGGCACAAUCUUGGCUCACUGCAACCUCUGCCUCCUACGUUCAAGUGAUUCUCCUGCCCCAGUCUCCUGAGUAGCUGGGAUUACAGGCGUGCACCACCAUGCCCAGCUAAUUUUUUGUAUUUUCAGUAGAGACAGAUUUUCACCAUGUUGGUCAUGCUGGUUUCAAACUCUUGAUCUCAGGUGAUCCACCCUCCUCGGCCUUCCAAAGUCUUGUUUUUAAUCCUUGAUUUAAUUUAAAGAAAAACAGCAGCUCUCACAAUGAUGUUGAGCAAUUUAAAAAGAAUGCUAUACAAUCCAAGGAACAAGUCAUUGUGAUUGUCCAAGAAGCUGUCUUAGAAACCAAAAAUAUAUGUGUAACAGGAGGAAGACAGUUGUAGGUGUAAAAUACAUCUUAACAGUUUCAUUAUUCUAAAUUUGGGACUUGGAUUUAAGACAGGCAAUAUCAGAAUCCUCAAAAUAGACUAGUUACAAGAAAAACAUUGAAUUUUCUUGGCUAUUUCAAUGAUCAGAAUGCUAAUUCAAUAGAUGUAACAGAAUCAUUUGUAACAACAUGGAUGAACCUGGAGGAUGUUAUGUUAACUGAAAUAAGCCAGUCACAGAAAGACAAAUAUCACACAAUCUUACUUAUAUGUGCAAUAUAAAAAGGUUGAACUCAUAGAGGCAGAGAAUAGAAUGGUGGUUUGUAGAGGAUGGGGGUUGUGGGGGAAGAUGGUGGUCAAAGGAUUGUCACAUAGAAGGAAUAAGUUGAAGAGAUCUGCUGUAUAACAUGAUAACUACAGUUAAUAAUACUAUAUGUAUUCAUGAAAAUCACUAAGGGUAGAUUUUAGGUGUUCUCAACACAAACAAUGAUAGGUAUGUGAGGUGAUGCAUAGGUUAAUUAACUGAGCCAUGUCACCAUUUCUAUGUAUUUCAAAAUGUGCACAAUGAAUAUAUACAUUUUGAUUUGUCAAUUUAAAAAUUAAUUUGUUUUUUAAAAAGUAACAGGAGUUAACCAUAAUUAUGAGGAAUUAUAUACCCCCCUGAAGUGAAUAAUCCUUGUUAUUUAAAUUGACUAAAGAGCUUGGUAAGAGGUAACACAGAAGCGUAAGAAUGAGAAUUAAAGCCAGGUGCUGUGGCUUGUGCCUAUAUUUGAGGGAGACCAAGGCAGGAGGAUCAUUUGAGGCCAGGAGUUCAAGACCAGCCUGGGCAACAUAGUGAGACCCUGUCUGUAAAAAAAAUUUUAUAAGUAACCAGGAUGAGGUGGUGUGUGCCUGUAGUCCCAGCUUCUCAGGAAGCUAAGGAGGGAGGAUUGCUUGAGCCCAGGAGUUUGGGCUACGUGAACUAUGAUUGUACCAAUACAUUUCAGCCUGGGCCAGAGAGAGAGAUCCUAUCUCUACAAACUUUAAACGAUAAAGAAUGAGAAGUUGAAAAUCUUGUGAAGUAAAAAUAGAGCUUUUAUUUUCUAAGUUGAGUAUACAGAAGACAAAAAUUAUGAGUAUACAGAAGACAAAAAUUAGUUAUUUUUCAUAUGGACUACAAAAAUUACAUACCAUUUUAUAAUUCCUUUUUAGUUACCAGUAUUAUUGUUAAGUUUAAGCUCUUUUUCUGUUUAUUGGCAAACUAAAUAAUUGUACAUUUUUAAGCAUAUAUAAUGUUGAUGGACAAUAUUUAAAGUUUUAAGUUUCAGUCUCUAAAAUAAUUAACAUAAGGCUGAUCUCAUUAGUUUAGGCAAAAAUACAAGUAAAAUUAUUGCUUGGGAGCACUUUGUAUAGUUUUGUUUUUGAAUUUUUUGACAGUAUUUAUUCUUAUAAUGAUUUCCUAACAGAGAUCAUAGAUAUUGAAAAACAACAUAAUCAGUCUUAAGUUAAAAAUUGCCUGAAAAAUAUGCCGUAUCUGGUGUUUACUUCGAGUAGAGUAAUUGUAGAUUCACAUAAUUUCCGGCACUAUCUGUAAAUUGUAAGAUAUUAGUUGGACACAUAUAUCUAUAUUUGCUAAUCUUAAACAUUUGUGAAUGCAAUGUUAGCCUGUCUGAUUUUUAAAAUCUGUAUAGUUUGAGUAUCCCUUAUCCAAAAUGCUUAGGGCCAGAAGUAUUUCAGAUUGUGGGUUUUUGUUUGUUUGGUUUGCAGUUUGGAAUACUACCAUAUAUAUAAUAAAAUAUCUUGGGUAUAAGACCCAAGUCUAAACAGGAAUUUAAUUUAUGUCUGGUGUCUACCUCAUAUACUUAGCCUGAAGAUGACUAUAUUUCCCUUUGAGGGUGCUGAAUAACCUGAGUUUUGUGUGCCUGUGUUUUGACUGUAGCCUGUCACCUGAGAUCAGACGUGGAAUUGUCUACUUGUUGCUGCAUGUUGGUGCUUAAAGAUUUUCAGAUUUUGGAACUUUGAAGAUGAGGGAUGCUGAACCUGUGUAUUAGUCUUGGAAGUUUAGUUAAACUCUCUUUGAGUUUAAUAUGAGCCAAGUUUUAUAUCACUAGAAUAUUAUGCUAAUGUUAUGUUUACACUGAUAAAAUAAGGGAGAAGACAUUACAUUUGUCUCAUUUACAGGAUUUAUCUUAUUUUGAAAUAUUGAUUCCCCCCUUUACAGUUAGCUGUAUACCAGCUAGUAAGGUUGUUUACAGAUUGGACUGGAUAAGCCCUGAGUGCCUCACAUUUCUUUCUUACAAUGUGACCUAAUAAGCAAGGCGCCUGGCUCACACCACAGUUAAACCUUUUCCUUCAGAGCCAGAGCUGCAGCUGCAGCAAGAAAGAUUUUCUUCAGAAACUGGCGUCUUUCUUUCUUUUCUUUCCUUUCUUUCCUUUCCUUUUCUUUCUUUUCUUUUCUUUUCCCUUUUCUUUUCUUUUCUUUUCUUUUCUUUUCUUUUCUUUUCUUUUCAUGAGACAGCAUCUUGCUCUGUUGCCAGGCAGGACUGCAGUGGUGUGAUCUCGGCUCACUGCAACUUACGCCACCCGGGUUCAAGCGUCUGCCUCAGCCUCCCAGGUAGCCAGGAUUACAGAUCCAGAGCCAGAACUCUGCCUCGAUCCUUUCUGCCCUCCGGGUUUCUCCAGUCAGAAAUUCCCCAUGCAGCAUGUGUUGUGUAAUCAUCCCCCCUGGAUCUUCACAUGCUUGUGUGCAGAAGGUCACAUCCAGCCCGGGGAUCCAGGCCCAGCAGACCAGGAGAGGCAACAACAGACCUCUGAUGGGAGUCCCUGGAGUGAUCAACCAGAAGGUCCUGAGGGAGAAGGUGCCAGGCCUUUGUUUGGAAAAACAAAGAAAAGGACUCUGGGAGCAUUCUCCAGGCCACCCCAGAGGCAGCCAGUCAGCUCUCGGAUAGGCCUCAGAGGGGUGGAGUUGGAAGCCAGCCCAGCUCAGACGGGGAACCCUGAGGAAACAGACAAAUUGUUGAAGAGGAUAGAAGUGUUAGGAUUUGGAACAGUCAACUGUGGCGAGUGUGGACUGAGCUUCAGCAAGAUGACCAACCUGCUCAGUCACCAGCGGAUACACUCAGGGGAGAAGCCCUACGUGUGUGGGGUAUGUGAGAAGGGCUUCAGCCUGAAGAAGAGCCUCGCCAGACACCAGAAGGCACACUCGGGGGAGAAGCCGAUUGUGUGCAGGGAGUGUGGACGAGGCUUUAACCGGAAGUCAACGCUCAUCAUACACGAGCGGACACACUCUGGCGAGAAGCCUUACAUGUGCAGUGAGUGUGGGCGAGGCUUCAGCCAGAAGUCCAACCUCAUCAUACACCAGAGGACACACUCGGGGGAAAAGCCUUACGUGUGCCGGGAGUGCGGCAAAGGCUUCAGCCAGAAGUCGGCCGUCGUGAGACACCAGAGGACACACUUAGAGGAGAAGACCAUCGUGUGCAGCGAUUGUGGCCUAGGCUUCAGUGACAGGUCAAACCUCAUCUCCCACCAGAGGACACACUCCGGGGAGAAGCCCUACGCCUGCAAGGAGUGUGGGCGAUGCUUCAGGCAGAGAACCACGCUUGUCAAUCACCAGAGGACACACUCCAAAGAGAAGCCCUACGUGUGUGGGGUGUGUGGGCACAGCUUCAGCCAGAAUUCAACCCUCAUCUCUCACAGGCGGACGCACACCGGGGAGAAGCCGUAUGUGUGUGGGGUGUGCGGGCGAGGCUUCAGUCUCAAGUCACACCUCAACAGACACCAGAACAUACACUCAGGGGAGAAGCCCAUUGUGUGCAAGGACUGUGGCCGGGGCUUCAGCCAGCAAUCCAACCUCAUCAGACACCAGAGGACGCACUCAGGGGAGAAGCCCAUGGUGUGUGCGGAGUGCGGGCGAGGCUUCAGCCAGAAGUCAAACCUUGUUGCACACCAGAGGACGCACUCAGGGGAGAAGCCAUAUGUGUGCCGGGAGUGCGGGCGGGGCUUUAGCCACCAGGCCGGUCUCAUCAGGCACAAGCGGAAGCACUCGAGGGAGAAGCCCUACAUGUGCCGGCAGUGUGGACUGGGCUUUGGCAAUAAGUCGGCUCUAAUCACACAUAAACGGGCUCACUCAGAAGAGAAGCCUUGUGUUUGCAGAGAGUGUGGCCAAGGCUUUAUACAAAAGUCACACCUCACCUUACAUCAAAUGACACAUAAUGGGGAGAAGCCAUAUGUGUGCAAGAUGUGUGGGCAGGGCUUCAGCCUCAAAUCUCACCUCAGCAGACACAGAAGACCAAGUCUGUCCACCAUAGACUGCCGCUGCAGCCCGGCCCUGAGCCGCGUGCGGGCCAACCUGCCGACUCCUUAUGCUCUCUCUGAAGGCGAAGAUGGUGGCAAGGACUAAGAGUCAGAAUGUUGACACUUUGAUGAGAUGGAGUAGAGAGAUGCAUUCCGUAAGUGGUCAAAGGACAUUUGACUGUUUACCUUCUCCACACUAAGUCUCCUCCAUGUUUUGUGGCCUUCGGUUGUAAUAAACUUGGCUUCUUUUUACAUCUGUAA